ACAGAAAUUGUGAUAUUAAAAAUAAAUAUAUAUUUCCUUACAUCAGUUAAAAAGUAUUAGAUCAAAACAUGUUUCUGCUAGCAGCGGCAAUUGUUUUGGCCACAAUUUUGGUGUUCAAGGGUGUCAAGAUAUUCAAUUAUAUUGAUCACAUGGCUGGCAUUAUGGAAAUGAUACCGGGCCCAACGCCAUACCCAUUUGUGGGUAAUAUCUUUCAGUUCGGUCUGAAGCCAGCGGAGUAUCCCAAAAAGGUAUUACAGUAUUGCAGAAAAUAUGAUUUUCAAGGCUUCCGUUCGCUUGUAUUCCUGCAGUAUCACAUAAUGCUCAGCGAUCCGGCGGAAAUUCAGAACAUGUUGUCGAGCUCUUCACUGUUGUACAAGGAGCACUUGUAUUCGUUUCUGCGCCCCUGGCUGGGGGAUGGGCUGCUCACCAGCUCCGGUGCCCGUUGGCUCAAACACCAGAAGCUCUAUGCGCCCGCCUUCGAACGCUCCGCCAUCGAGGGCUAUUUGCGUGUGGUGCAUCGAACCGGCGAUAGGUUUGUACAGAAGCUGCGCCAGCAGACGGAAGCAUCAAAGCCCUUUGACGCCCAGGAGCUAGUUGCCAAGUGUACGCUGGAUAUUGUUUGCGAGAAUGCAACAGGCGUGGCCAGCAAUUCACUGAACGAUGAGCCGUCAGAUUUACACAGCGCCAUUAAAGACCUGUGCGAAAUCGUUCAGGAGCGCACAUUUAGUAUAGUCAAGCGCUUUGAUGCACUUUUCCGUCUGACUCCCUACUACUUGAAGCAGCGCCGGGCGCUGCAGUUGCUCAGGAAUGAAAUAAAACGCAUAAUAUCCGACAGACAAAGGCAACAGCAGUUGUCCAAAACCAACGAUCAGAAAAACAAGUCUUUCUUAGAUGUCCUUCUGUGCUCCAAGCUUGAUGGGGGCGCGCUAAAGGAGCGCGAGAUAAUCGAGGAGCUGUCCACGUUUAUAUUUACAGGCCACGAUCCAGUUGCCUCUGCGAUCUCUUUUACAAUUUACAUACUCUCCCGUCAUCCAGAAAUACAGCAGAAGGUCUAUGACGAACAGCUACGUAUUUUUGGAAAAAAUAUAUCCGAAGAAGCGGACAUAGCGCGGUUGGAGCAAAUGCACUAUCUGGAGUUGGUAAUACGCGAGACUCUUCGCCUGUAUCCCGCUGUACCGCUGAUAGCACGCACCAACCGCAAGUCCAUAGACAUAAAUGGCACAAAGGUGGCCAAACGCACAACUGUCAUCAUGUGCCUUAUUGCCAUGGGUUACAACGAGCGUUACUUUGAUGAGCCCUGCGUUUUCCGGCCGGAGCGAUUCGAGCGGGCGAACACGAACGAAGGCAUCGAAGCCUUUAAGAGUGUCCCGUUCAGCGCUGGACCCAGACGCUGCAUUGCUGAAAAGUAUGCAAUGUAUCAGCUCCAGGCGCUGCUCUCGUUGCUGGUGCGACACUUUGAAAUACUGCCCGCAGUGGAUGGCCUGCCGCCGGGCAUCAAUGACCACAGCCAAGUGGACUGCGUGCCUCAAAGUGAAUACGAUCCGGUGCUAAACAUUCGUGUAACGCUCAAAUCCGAAAAUGGCAUACAAAUCAGGCUCAAACAACGAACAGCUAUGCAAUAAAAGCCUCUAUAGCGCGGAUGGAUUCACUGAAGAUUAUUUAGAAUCCUCGUACAUUGGAGUUA